GCAGAAUCUUCCGAAAAAAAAUCCUCCAUUUCCUCCUCCUGUCUGAGACCUACACACAAACAUAUAAUAAAAUACAAAUAUAUAUAUUUUAUAAACUGCGUGCAUUUUUCUGCAUUGCAUUUGCUGGACUUACGAUUUGCAGGUCGGAGAAUUGUUCGGAGCGUCUGUGAUCGACGAUCGGAGUUGAAAGUUCGUUAUUCUAAGUGAUUUUGCGUUAGAUCUCUUUUAUAUUCAUUUAUAUAGUCCUCUGAUUUGCCCGAUUAUUUUGGCUAUUGUUUUGCUUGAAAUUUAUUUCUUUUCUAGGUAUGUGAUCAAUUCAAAUUUUAUGCUUAAUUUAUUAAUAUUUUUUCUUUUUAAUAUUGAAAAUCGCGUCCCUAGAAGCAAACGGAAAGGAAACUAAUCGCGCGUUUUUUAUUCUCUGUUAUUUUCAUAGUGAAUUGUUGCAUUAGGUGUUGUUCUGCUAAAAGCUUGUUAUUUUCUUUGUUUUCCUCUGCACUUAUUGCUGGCUUUGUUUUUCUUUGCAUUUUCAGCUUCUAUCGCCGAAGCUUUCAACUUUUAUGUUUAUGGCUGUGCUAGGCUUUUUGCUUUUUUAUUUUUUAAUUUUUUUCUUAUAUGAAUUACGAUGCGUCUGCCUUAGUUGGAACAAAGGAGACUUUUGGUGGUAUUUGUACGUAUUCUGAUUGUUGUGCUUCCGUCAUGAUUUUGUUUUUCUCUGGAAUUUAUAGGAAAUUAUGAUUGUUGUGUGAUGAAGAAAGAAAAAUAUUUUUUUUUUGUUGAGGAUCCUGUUUUCCGUGCUUGAGUCACAAUCCAUUUGUUUGCUUGCAGUUGUUGUGCUAUUAAUAGUUGCCUUUGGUCUGUUAGGUGUCUGAUUAUUGUUACUUGUCCUGGUUUUGUUUUAUGUUAAAUAAAAUAAUAUAUGCAAUAUGUAAGUAUGGAUAGAGUUUGAUUGAUAGGAACGAUGUACUUUCCAGCUUUGAUGGCUUUAUUAACCUUACCUUCGUUUCUUGAUGCGUUUAGUGAAAUUCCUCUAUUUCGGGCAUUUAUCUUUGUUGAUAGAUUGUGUGAGAAAUUUGCGUGAGUGGCAGCAGCGUCUGUCACCUCCAUAUGCGAUUUUUGUCUUAGUUUGACUUUCUUUGGACCUGAGGUGAUAGAGCACUUGGUGGCAAUUCUAGUUUAAUCUGAGGUAGCUACAAGUUCAGGACAUGUGUUGCCAACUUAUCUUGAACUUGUACAUGGUUUAUUCACAUUGAUUACCUAACAAUGGAUGCCAAAGGUGGAAAGUGUUUCAACAGAAAUUGAUGGUUAAUUUAGUGAACAUCUGGCAAGAUAGAGAUUAGGAAUUUCCAAGUGGGACAAUUACAGAUGUGAUCAGAGCAACUGGUGGUGGUAAAAUUUGCCUGGAUUGUUGGUUGUCAAAUAUACUCUGCAAUCAUGACCGCGAUUUCAGUGUAUACUGUCCAUAAUGUCUUGCGAUAGUAUGUAUCCUGCAGUUUCGAAUCGAAAUUCCAGCGAGAUAUAGAGUAUAUGGAAUUGUAAGGCUGUCCAGAAAACUUUAUAUAAUUGAUAAACAAUAGACAAGUUACAAAAUAUUAAAGUAGAGAUUUUGAAGAUCUAAUACGUUAUAAAUGAAAUAUACUGAUCAAAACAAACUUUACAUGGAAAGGCUUGGUGCAGAGGAUCGUUAUAUUUUUCAUCUAUUCCUUUCCUGUUACGAAAAUAACAUUAGCAUUUCUAUGAAAGUAUUUGGUCAAUCUGAGGUCGCAAAAUUGGGAACUUGAAUCAAACGGAAGUAGCAGUCAUCACAAGUGCCCUUUUCAUUGGACAUCCAUGUCAAUCUUCUGUUCAGUUUGUUCAUCACUCUGUGUCCUUUUUCCUAUUUUUUGUUCAACUUGCUGGUAACUAUAGAGGCUCUUGGUAUUUGCAGUUUUUGCCUUCCUUUAAUAGGCAGCCUUUGGAUUGGGAGUUUGGAGUGCUUUCCAAGACUUGGCAUGUUAUUCCUUCUGCUAUGUUUUGUCAUCCAACCAAUUUAAUCUUAGGUUCCUCAAGGAGAUCAUUCAUAUGUGGUUGUAGCUCUCCUUAACAGACGGUAUUAACUGCAUACAUUUUACUUAUUACAUGAGCACCGAACCAAGUUGGACAACGAAAAGAUAGAUAUUAAGGCACAGGAUGCUUUUUAUAUGCAUCUCAAAACUUGUACUCAUAGUAAAAUAUUAGGCAUGUCCACUGAUGAGGUCCUGGUUAACAAAGAUAAACUUCAGGUUGAAAAGGAAGAAACAAGUAAAGAGUAAGUAAAAAAAAAAAAAAGAAUAAGAAAAAGAAAAGGCAAAAGAUGAGCCGAAGAGUAUGGACCAGUUGGACAUUGUUACACAACUGAUGACACUUUCCUUUCAGACAAUGAGGCUUCCAAGUAACACGCUGUUAGGACUUAUAAAAUUCUUCGUCAGGGUAAGUUUUCCUUGUUGAAGACGGCAUGGUGCAGAAUCUCAGACAGAGGUUGGACUACACUUCGUCAGUAUCUCUUUAAAUGGAGGACUUCUCCAAGAAUGAAGUGAUCAUGCAAUCAUUAUUAUUUACUGCUGGAUGCUUUGCAGCUACACAAUGCUUCAUGAUAGUUCUAGAUUGGGUUCCUUGUGGACCCACUUGUGGAUUCUUGUAGAUCAACUUGUUUGAUGAAUUCUCACGGUGGAGUUUGCUGAUUGGAGCUGUUCAACCUUAGUUGGAAUCUGUAGUUGCUGGUUUCAAUUGGUGUUCUGCAAUGUGCGAGAAAGCAACAUUGUCUGAGGUUUUUGCCCAUUUCGAGGGGCAAGUAGACAUGCCUUUGUAGGUUUAGGACUUUUUCCUUAACUGUUUCCUGGAUGCAGGGCUUGUAGUAGUUAAGUUCAUCCAUAAGGCUCAAUGGGAGACGUAGUGAUUGAACAUUCAGGGACUCCACGUUCUGAGGCAAUAAACAUACACAACGUAAUAUUUAAGAGUGAUGCUGACGUAGUUCAGAACUUCCAUGAGGGCUACUUGCCUGAGGAUGGAACACGUGAAGAAAAAUCCUCUUCUACAAAAGCCCAUGACAGAGGAUACUUGGAAUAUGGCUGUUCUCACUAUCGGCGUAGAUGUCGCAUUAGAGCCCCUUGCUGCAAUGAAAUAUUUGACUGCAGGCAUUGUCAUAACGAAGCUAAGAACAAUAUCAACAUUGACCAGAAACUUCGACAUGACAUUCCUCGUCACAAGGUGGAAAGGGUUAUAUGCUCGCUUUGUGAUACUGAGCAAGAGGUUCGGCAAGUUUGCAUCAAUUGUGGCGUGUGCAUGGGGAAAUAUUUCUGUGAAACCUGUAAGCUAUUUGAUGAUGAUAUAUCCAAGAGACAGUAUCACUGCAAUGGUUGUGGCAUUUGCAGGAUUGGUGGGAUGGAGAACUUCUUCCAUUGUUCCAAAUGCAGAUGCUGCUAUUCAGUUCUCUUGAAGAACAGCCACCCCUGUGUUGAGGGGGCAAUGCAUCAUGACUGUCCCGUUUGUUUUGAGUAUCUCUUUGAGUCGGUAAAUGAUGUGACAGUCAUGCCCUGUGGACACACUAUUCACAAGAACUGCUUAAAGGAGAUGCAGGAACACUACCAGUAUGCUUGUCCUCUCUGCUCUAAGUCGGUAUGUGAUAUGUCAAAGGUGUGGGAGAAAUUUGACAUGGAGAUUGCCGCAACACCAAUGCCCGAGUCUUAUCAAGAGAAGAAAGUUUGGAUCCUCUGUAAUGAUUGUGGAAUCACCUCAGAAGUGCAAUUUCAUUUUGUGGCCCAGAAAUGUCCAUGUUGCAAAUCUUAUAACACCCGCCAAACAAGAGGCAGAUAGGAGGACCAAAUAUCAAUAGUCUGGCUGUGAUGUGAAAAUGAUUGCCGCCCAAUGUGGUUAGAAUGCUAUAUUCUGAGUGGGAAGUGAUUGGGCUUUUCAAAGGUAGCUCUUGCAGAAGAGACGAAGGAAAGAGAGGGGGUUCCAACAUGAUCCUGCUUGUAGCGCUUCUGGGGUUCCCGUACUUUUGCAUUUCCUCAAAAUUUUCUGUUGUUCCUUGUAGUAGGUGUGGCAUCCAGUACAAUUCUAAAUUCCUGCGUGAAGUAUCCAGUGUAUAUCAGAAGACACUGACUAACUGUUCAGUGUUACCAAACUAGUGUUGGCAGCAUAUGUUUAGCUUUCGCUUUAUUCAAUCAGUUCUACCAGAGUCCACAGCGAGUAAAAUGUGGCUGAGACCUGAUGCGUUUUGUCUGUGCGAUACCGUAAACUACAGAUCAAGAUAAAUGCAUUAGUUCGAAGUA